GGCCACUAUCCUUCAUUCCCUUUCCAGUUGUAGGCGAUAAUUAGAAUGUUUCGGUCAACAAGGAGUUUGAUUGUCGCGCUGCAACGCGUGAAGGAUCGUCGUUUGCAUACCUGCGGUCAACAGUUAUCAGAGGUUGCCGAAUAUGAAUCUCCUAUCAUGGAUGAUUAUAAAAAGGGUCCUACGGAAGGUAGGGCCCUUUAUUUGGAUGCCCAAGCCACUACUCCAUUGGAUCCUCGAGUAUUGGAUAAGAUGAUGUCGUAUCUGACAGUAUACCAUGGUAAUCCACAUUCCAGAACUCACAUGUAUGGUUGGGAAUCAGAAGCAGCAGUUGAGCAUGCUCGCCAGCAAGUUGCAAAUCUAAUAGGAGCAGAUAAGAAGGAAGUGAUAUUUACAUCUGGUGCAACAGAAUGCAAUAAUAUUGCUAUAAAGGGCAUAGCAAGGUUCUACAAAUCCAAAAAAACUCAUAUUGUGACAACCCAAACAGAACACAAGUGCGUACUGGAUUCAUGUAGAGCUCUAGAAGCUGAAGGAUUUGAUGUAACAUACAUUUCCGUAAAAUCAAAUGGUCUUAUUGACCUCAGCGAACUGGAAGCAGCCAUUAGGCCAUCUACAUCACUGGUUUCUGUGAUGAUGGUGAAUAAUGAGAUUGGUGUUAAACAGCCUAUUGAACAAAUUGGUACUAUUUGUAGAAAGAAAAAGGUCUUUUUUCACACGGAUGCUGCGCAAGCUAUAGGCAAAGUACCAGUUAAUGUUAAUGCUAUGAAUAUUGAUGUAAUGUCUAUCAGUGGUCACAAGUUAUAUGGUCCAAAAGGUAUUGGAGCCCUUUAUGUUAGAAGGAGGCCUCGAGUGCGUGUAGAACCAUUGCAAAGCGGUGGCGGGCAAGAAAGAGGGAUGAGAAGUGGUACUGUGCCAACGCCCUUGGCAGUAGGGUUAGGUGCUGCUUGUGAGUUAGCGCAGACAGAAAUGGACUAUGAUCACAGAUACAUCAACACACUUUCGAAUCACCUGAUUCAAAAGAUAACGUCAAAUUUGUCGCAAGUUGUGCGAAACGGAGAUCCUAUAGCCUGGUAUCCUGGCUGCGUGAAUCUGUCAUUCGCAUGCGUAGAGGGUGAAUCGUUAUUGAUGGCUUUAAAGGACGUGGCAUUAAGCAGCGGUUCGGCUUGUACCAGUGCAAGCUUGGAACCCAGCUACGUGCUCAGAGCAAUAGGUGCCUCGGAAGAUCUGGCACAUUCCAGUAUCAGGUUUGGCAUCGGACGAUUUACAACGUUCGAGGAAGUCGAUUAUACGGCGGACAAUACGAUACAGCAUGUAAAACGACUUCGAGAGAUGAGCCCACUGUGGGAAAUGGUAGAAGAUGGUAUCGAUUUGAAGACUAUCAAAUGGACUCAGCACUAG